CCCCUGGGAUGUGCCAUACACCUUCAAAGCCCUCCUCUGUGGAGGAGGCCAAAAGGGGCUUCGCCUCAGGAUCAUAACGCGGCAAGAAAAAGCGUCCCGUUCAGCCAAGAAGAUAGCAACUCCGGUACCCAGCAAAAAUGUCUGACAAAACCCCUUUCGAAACGGAUAUGCUAACGCUCACGCGAUUCGUUAUGGAGAAGGGACGCCGCGUGAAAGGAGCGACAGGGGAGCUGACGCAGCUGCUCAACUCCAUGCUGACUGCCAUAAAGGCCAUUUCCUCUGCAGUCAGAAAGGCAGGCCUUGCCCACAUGUUUGGUAUAGCUGGCACUGUGAAUGUGACCGGUGACGAAGUGAAGAAGCUGGACGUAUUAUCCAACUCCCUGGUGAUUAAUAUGCUCCAGUCCUCCUACAGCACCUGCGUCCUGGUCACGGAGGAGAACAAGGAGGCCAUCAUCACCCCGAAAGAGAAGCGGGGUAAAUACGUCGUGUGCUUUGACCCCCUUGAUGGCUCAUCCAAUAUAGACUGCUUGGCACCGAUAGGAACAAUAUUUGCUAUCUACAAAAAGGAAAGAGAUGAUGAGCCCUCUGAAAAAGAUGCUUUGCAGCCCGGACGCAAUAUUGUUGCUGCAGGCUACGCCUUGUAUGGCAGUGCUACGCUGGUCGCCCUCUCCACAGGGCAAGGAGUGGACUGCUUCAUGCUGGAUCCGGGUCUCGGUGAAUUUAUUUUGGUGGACAGAGAUGUUAAAAUCAAGAAGAAGGGGAAGGUAUACAGUCUCAAUGAAGGUUAUGCAAAGUAUUUUGAUCCUGCAAUGACAGAAUAUUUACAAAAGAAGAAAUUCCCUGAGGAUGGCAGUUCCCCAUAUGGUGCCAGGUAUGUAGGCUCGAUGGUAGCUGAUGUUCACCGUACAUUGAUGUAUGGUGGGAUCUUCAUGUAUCCUGCUAAUCAGAAGAGUCCUAAAGGAAAGCUCCGACUUCUCUACGAGUGCAACCCUAUGGCUUUCAUCAUUGAGCAGGCAGGUGGGAUAGCAACUACAGGGACUGAGGCGGUGUUGGACGUGAAACCUGACAGUAUUCACCAGAGAGUCCCUCUUAUCCUCGGGUCUCCAGAUGACGUGCAGGAAUACCUCGCUUGCGUACAGAAACACCAGAAGAGCAGCUAAAGGGUCUUCCAUAUCAGACCUUGCUCAUUCGUCUCCAGUCUACAGGAAAA